AGUGUGCUCUGAUCUUUCUGCUGCCUUGCAAGUGACCCCCCCUACAGGAAGAUAACGGAUAAGCCAGGAGGGAGGAGCAGUUUAACUACACAUGUCUGGCUACUCUUAUCAACUUAUCAUAUAAGGAAAGGAAAGUGAUUGAUUCAGAUACCGAAGCUGUAAAAUCUUGCCAAAAGACAAGCAGAAGAAAACAUUAAAGCUUAUUUUAAAAACGAACACAGAACUUGCAGCUGAGACAGGACAGUUUCUCUAUUUGCAUCUGACAGUUUAGGGCACAGCCGGAGAGAAGACAGCACUUUUUUACCAAGUUUGCAACGAGAAAGUGGGGGGGGAAAAAAAAAAAAAAGCAGCCCUCAUUCAGAGUACUUUACACAUGACAGUAAAGCACUGAAUUUCAGGGCAGGUCAACUAGAUAAUCUGGACUCUUGUUAAGAAAACUAGAAAAUAAAAUACUUCAGUAUUUUAGAUUUGCUGGGUUAUCAUAGCAAUUAAAAUGUGGCUGGCUGUUUACUUUAUUUUGAGCUGUAAUCUUGUUUUAGCUUCAGGGUAUAGCUCCUUUCGUAAAAGCAUGGAGACUAUCGGCAAGAAGCAGUAUCAGGUUCAGCAUGGGUCAUGCAGCUAUACCUUUCUAUUGCCUGAGAUGGACAACUGCCGCUCUUCUUCUAGCUCUUAUGUGUCUAAUGCAGUGCAGAGGGAUGCACCACUAGAUUAUGAUGAUUCAGUACAAAGACUGCAACUACUUGAAAACAUCAUGGAAAACAACACUCAGUGGCUAAUGAAGCUUGAGAAUUACAUCCAAGACAAUAUGAAGAAAGAAAUGGUAGAGAUCCAGCAAAAUGCAGUGCAGAAUCAGACUGCAGUAAUGAUUGAAAUAGGCACAAACCUACUGAAUCAAACAGCUGAACAGACCCGCAAGUUGACAGAUGUUGAAGCUCAAGUAUUAAAUCAGACAACAAGACUUGAACUUCAGCUUCUGGAACAUUCUCUUUCCACCAACAAAUUAGAAAGGCAGAUUUCAGAUCAAACCAAUGAAAUAACUAAGUUGCAAGAAAAAAACAGCUUUCUAGAAAAAAAAGUCCUUGAUAUGGAAGACAAGCAUACACUUCAGCUGCAAUCAAUCAAAGAUGAAAAAGAUCAACUUCAAGUACUAGUAUCCAGACAAAAUUCUAUAAUAGAAGAACUAGAGAAACAGUUAGUCACUGCUACGGUAAACAAUUCAGUUAUGCAAAAACAGCAACAUGAUCUGAUGGAGACUGUUCACAACUUGCUUACUAUGAUAGCUACACCAAACUGUAAGUGAAGCAUAAACACUAUUAUAUCAGGUGAAUAGCACUCACUAACUUUGUGUAUCC